CAAGGUUAUGAUGGUAUGGUAUUGGAUGCAAAUGAUAGUGUUGUCCAACACUGAAUUUCUUGGCAAUAACGGAACAAGUCAUAUAUAAAAUGAGAUUGGUUUUAUUUUGCAGAUUCGUGCGUUUACUUGAUGUAUAUUGAUUCGGUGUGCAUUAUGUAAGCCAUAGCAACAGUUUUUGUGUGCAAUCCUGACUCACAAUACCAGAUCACAUCUGCAUCAAUUUCUUGAUUAAAGGUUGCAACUUUAGUGAUUGUGACCUAGGCAUCCAUGAAGAAAGGGUUUAUUUAAAUGGUACCUAGGAAAGGAAUGCAAUUGUAUAAUGAGGCUUUCUAUGAGGAGCGGAGCGGCUGGCGUUUGCGGUAGGGGACCGGGUAUGGACGAUUUAUUGGGAUUUAAAAUGGACGACGCCAAAAGGAACAGACCGUCCAACAUCACCUCUGCUCUGGCUGAUAGGAAAAAGGAACCUGCCACCUUAAUUGCCUGCACUGUCAAUUUCAGUCCAAGUGAAAUUCAUUCACCUCAGAUGGCCACAGAGUCCCUAGAACAUCGUGAGGAGGAGGAAGAGGAAUGUUCGGUGGACGGUUACGACCCGGGUCUAGAGAAUACGGCCCGGUCCUCCCCCCUCCAUCUCUCCGACACCGCGCUGUCGGGUCACACAGAGGAACACUGCUCCUGGGACAGGCAGCUGGAAUACAUCCUGGCCUGCUGUAGCUUUGUCAACGGCGUGGACAGCAUUCUGUGGUUUCCAAAGAUGGCUGCUUCACAUGGGGGAGGUGUGUUUUUUGUGAUUUACCUGUUGCUGACCUUGACCUGUGGGUUCCCUCUACUUUAUAUGGAGACCACUCUGGGUCAGUAUGCCAGAGGGGGACCAGUCAUAGCCUGGGGCGUGGUGCCUUUAUUCAGAGGCCUGGGAGUUGCUGUUAUCAUGGUGUCUACAAUGAUAAACCUAUACUAUGGAACCACUACUAUCUGGGCAAUGUACUAUCUGGUCCAGCCUUUAUUUUCUGCCAGUACCUGUAACAACACACAAGAUAUUCUUUGCUCUACAGACACCCCUACAGACAGAGAUCUGACUGGUGCCAAUAUUAGUAACUUAUCCAGAUUCCCCUAUGUUCUUACUUCCGUAGAAAGCAUAUAUCUAUAUCAGGACGUUCUUCAGGUGUCUGCUGGGAUAGGACAGAGCGGCCAUCUUGUGUGGUACUUUGUGGUGUGUCUUCUGCUACUGUGGGCUGUUAUAUUCAUCAUCCUCAUUCUAGGACCAAGAUCUCUGGGAAAAGCUGUGUACAUAACGUAUGGACUAGCACAAGUGUUAGCAGUGUCACUGAUGGUCCACCUCUGUACAGAAGAAGGCGCUCUCCGGGGGAUCAAGGGAUUCCUGAACAUGAAGUGGGACGUUCUAGGUAAUCUGGAGGCCUGGGUUGCUGCUGGGAUAUUGAUGUUUAGCUCCCUUGGCUUGGGUACAGGUACCUUAACUUCUCUGGCUGGCUACACCCAUUUCCAUAGUCACUGCUUCAGAAACUGCCUGCUGGUCAUCACGGCUCACCUGGCUGGUAUGCUGGUCAGUGGCUUCACCAUCUUCGCUGCUCUCGGAAUCAAUGGCCAAGAAGAUGACAACUCGAUAAUUAGUCAUAAUAUGACAGCAAUUGACCUUGUGUUCACACUGAUGACCUCUGUCAUAGCCAGAACUAACAAUGCCCAUGUAUGGAAGGCAAUCUUUUUCCUGACCCUGAUUCUAAUGGGCAUUGGUACCCAGUGUGCGUACAUACAGAACAUUGUGUCGGCACUCCUUCACUUCCUGCCAGAUAGGUGGCGCUUCAGAUGGAAAUUCAAAUGCCCAGUGCUGGCGGCAGUCUGCUUUGUUGCCAUGGUACUAGGACUUCUGCUGACUUCACAAGGAGGUUUGUACGUGUUCUACUUCUCCCAUCACUAUGUAUGUAAACUGUCCCUGUACCUGAUCGCAUUCUGUGAGUGUGUCUCCCUGUCCUGGGUGUACGGGGCCCAGAGACUCUGGAAUAAUGUGUCAGACAUGACGGGAACCACGGACAGUCCCUGGUGGAAACUGACCUGGAAGUUCCUCACACCUGUCGUCGUGUUUGGUUUGAUCAUUGUGACCCUCAUCUAUGACGAACCUCUGUACUACAGUACUUACCAGUUUCCUGACUCCUCCCACACCAUUGGACUGAUGCUUACCCUUCUGCCCGCCGUACCUGUACCUGUAUUUAUUGUCUGGUGUGUGUGGAAAAAUGAGGGCAGUCUCAAACAUAGAAUUCAAGCCUCGGUUGUUACAUCCUCAAGCUGGGGGCCAGGUCAAUUAGCCAAUCAGGAACCAGGGAUUGAACUGCCUGACUACGUAAUAUGUACACCGGACAAUCACAAACCGGAAAAUGCCCUGGCUAUUUUGACAGCUAACCUGUAUAUCCCGAAUCUGACCAAUCUCAUAUCAGCACAGGUAAAUCCAGAUGAUGAUCCGGAGAUGAGUGGUGGUUACCUGACUGAUCUGAUGGCCGUGGACAAUGGGGAGAGUGAUGAUGAAGACGACACUAAUCACCGCGGUAACUGGAGCAGUCGUAUGGACUUUGUUCUCUCCUGUCUGGGUUAUGUGGUGGGUCUAGGAAACGUCUGGAGGUUUCCCUAUCUUGUAUUCAGAAAUGGUGGAGGUGCCUUCUUUAUUCCCUAUACUAUAAUGUUGAUUUUCUGUGGUAUCCCCCUGGUGUACAUGGAGCUGGCCUUUGGACAGUACGCCAGUCUGGGACCAGUCACUGUGUGGAGGGCUGUACCCAUCUUCAAAGGUAUAGGGAUAUCUAUGGUGCUAGCCUCUACACUGGUGGGGAUCUACUACAACAUGGUCAAUGCCUGGGCCUUCCAUUAUCUCUUCUCCUCAAUGAUGGCUACCCUUCCCUGGCUAACCUGUAACAAUGCGUGGAAUCAGGACACAUGCAGUUUGAACAAGUAUGAAAUCACCAACUGCUCCUUGUUGAACACUUCCUAUCUGUAUGAACCGGUAGUGAGGAACAUCUCCUGUGUAGAGACCUUACUGAACUGUUCAGACACAGGCCUUUCCCCUAGGCUCUCGGAUUCUGUCACCUCCUGUAUCAGUGAGCUGAGGGACAAGGUGGGGGACGAGAUCUUCCUCAAUUCCUCCUGGAUCAACUCCCGCAAACUGACCAGCCCCAGUGAGGAGUAUUUCUACAAUAAAGUUCUGAAGCGUUCAGGGAGCAUGAACGAGCUAGGCAGCGUGCAGUAUGAGUUGGCUCUGUGUCUGCUGCUAUGCUGGGUCAUCGUGUUCAUCUGCCUUAUCAAGGGCGUCCGUACUUCUGGGAAGAAAAUAGUUUCAAAGGUAGCUUACUUGGUUGUGAUAUUCCCGUUCCUGAUCAUGCUGACAUUACUUGUACGGGCCCUGACUAUGGAGGGGAAUAUGACGGGUAUUAAAUUCUAUGUUGCACCCAAGUGGGAGAAGCUUCAGGAACCCAGUGUGUGGGGGGACGCAGCGGUGCAGGUCUUCUUCAGUCUGUCUGUGUGUAUGGGAGGUCUCACUACGCUGUCUAGUUACAAUAAAUUCCAUAACAAUAUUUACAGUGAUGCAAUACUGGUGUGUUUGGGUGAUACACUUAUGAGUUUGUUAGCAGGUUUUUCUGUCUUCGCCAUGAUGGGUGUUCUCAGCAACGAAUUAGACACAGAUAUAGAAAAAGUCAUUACUUCAGGAAUUGGUCUAACCUUUAUAGUCAAUCCUGCCGCCAUGUCCUACUUCCCUGUAGCUCCUCUCUGGUCCAUUCUCUUCUUUCUGAUGAUCAUCAUGCUGGGCCUCAGUACCCAGUUUGUUCAGAUCGAGACGAUCAUCACCGCCAUAAUGGACGAAAACUUAUCCGUCUUCCGAGGAAGGAGAAUCGUGGUUCUGUUUUUAGUCUGUUCUGUUCUCUUCUUUCUGGGAUUACCUCUCUCCACACAGGGUGGAAUCUAUGUACUGACUCUGAUUGAUGAGUAUGCAGCAGGCUUUGCCACUAUGGUGAAUGGUGUGUUUAUGUGUGUUGCCAUUGGCUGGAUUUACGGAGUGCGACAGUUCUGUACAGACAUCAAGCGUAUGAUUGGUCACUCUGUGGGAUACUGGUGGAAGGCCCUCUGGUGUGUCAUCUCGCCUAUCAUAAUCACAUUUAUCAUCAUUUUCUCCUGUAUUGGAUACAAGUCCCUGUCAGAGAAGUAUAAAUCCGACAGUUAUCCCCCUUGGUCUGAGGUCCUGGGGUUCUUCAUUACAAGCAUUCCUGUGUUAGCCAUUCCUCUGUGGAUUAUCUGUAAACUGGCACUCAGCCAAGGGGGACUAGUCAAGAGGCUUAAGAAGCUGUGUCAGGCAGAGUCCAGCUGGGGUCCAGCUCUGGAGAGAAACUGGAAGAAUGUGGAGUACUAUCCAGCUGUAAACACUAAUACCCUGGCAGUGGAUGUAGAACACUCCCCUCUCCACACAGUCACAGACCAUGUAGAUUUUACCACAGUUGGUGUAAAAGUGCCAAGUCUUUCCUCCCAAGCAAGUUUGUUGCCCAAGUCCCUCUCCCCCAAGAAACCCAGAGACAUGAGAGAGCGGGCCAUACUGAAUCAUGCUUACAGCAAUCCUCAGUGUCAUCAAUCUAUUGUAUCAAUAGAGAAGGCAGUAGCCUGUGGUCCCAAUGAGCCGCUGUAUGCUGACACGGAUGUGUUGAUUGUACAGAAGUGUUCCAAGAGAUUCAUUGAGAUGAAGGACGUGGCAACUCAAACAGAACCCAUCAUCAAGAAGCCUCCAUCUACCUCCAUUUCACUUAGUGUUAUCCACAAAAAGCCAGAAUCCUUUAACGAAACACGUCCAUCUUGUUCAACUGUUCAUAAUGUCGCCAAUUCCACUGAUUCAACAGUUCCAAGUAGUUCCACAAGUCCACCAGUUCCAAGUUGUUCAACAAGUCCACCAGUUCCAAGUUGUUCAACAAGCCCACCAGUUCCAAGUAGUUUCACAAGUCCAACAGUUCCAAGUUGCUCCACAAGUCCAGCAGUUCCAAGUUGUUCCACAGAUCUUUCAGACUUGAGCUGCUCCACAGAUCAAACAAAUAUGCAUUGUUCCACGGAACAGCUUGACUUAAGUAGUUCCAUUGAUCAAACUUUUUCAAACAAUUCACCUGUUUCCAAUUGUUCCAAUUUCCAAAUGGACUUGAAUUGCUCCAUGGAAUCACCAAUUUCUUGUUCAUUCGUUGACCCUUCUGAUUCAGCAUGGUCCACUGUUCAAGAAAUCCCAAUUUGUUCCAUGGACCAAAAAGUUUUGGCUCCUUGCACUGAUAAGACAUGUGUUUCCAGCAAUAGCCCAGCAGUUCUACAAGUGGAGGUGACCAAAUUUUGAUGAUUUGUUACUGAAUCAGAUGUUGGAUCAUAUGAACUACAGUGUAGCAUCUAGUGAUGGCAAUCUAGUUAUCCAGUGAUUGCGACAAUUGAUCCAGUAAUUGGGAUUUAGUUACCCUGUGAUUGGGAUCUAGCUAUUCAGUGAAAAUGAAUAGCGAUCCGAUGAUUGUGAUCAUGGUGAUCUAUUCUUCCAGUGAUGGGAAUCUAGCUAUCCAGUGAUAAUAUAUGAUUUGUCAAAUAGUGCUUCAGUCUUCCAAGUUAGCUUUGUAUGUCUUUCUUAUGAAAGAAGAUGCAAAGUACAUGAGCUGUAUUUGAAAUUUUUUCUGUGGAUAUUAAUAUUGAUUGCGUUGCAGUUGUUUAUAUUUUGUGCACAUGAUUGUUGGCUUUCUUGGUUGUAAAAUGUGCAUAAGAAUGGAUUUUAUUUGUUCACUUGAUAUUCAUAAAAAUAUCAUAUACAUGCAAACACUACAUAUCAGAUAAAUGUUUAUUUUAACACACCUCCUUUGUAAUUUUUAACAACGUGUGCAAUGUGAAAUUGAUGAAACAGCUUGAUCAUCUUGGACUUCAGGUAUAAUUUGAAUAACAGACAUUAAUGUACAACAUCUGCCCAUAAAUCAGGUUGCUUUGUUUCUUUUGUGUCCAUUGACCAAUAAUUUUGUUACAAAAUAUUUAGUCUAAAUUCUUGGUGUGAUCAUGAUUUGCUUUGUUCCAUUGUAUUUGUAUGCCAAUGAUGAUAAAGUGCAGAUUGAAUAAGCUAGGUCACUACCUGAAAAAAAUUAAUCCCACAGUUCAAAAUUCCCUGUGAAAUCCAUUGUAUGUGUAACAUGUAAUAAAGCUUAUGGUGAUACUUCAUUAUGUUUUAUAAACACUUGUUUAUUUAAGGUGAAUCGUACUUUUUGGUAUGAUCACUAUGUUGAUAUAUGAAAUAAAGCAUUUUAAAGAAUG